GUACAUUAUGACAGUAAAUGAAACAAAAACAUUUGAAGGAGGAAAUGGUAAUUAUGUGUGUUAAUCGGGUGACAAGCUUAUCUGAUGUGACCUUCCUCGUAAUGGGAUAAUUACUGUUUUUCAUUGAGUUGUCUGACCAGAGGGGAUAGAACUAUUAUCUCUGCUUGUACCCACACACUGACAACAAAGAGGGGAGGUGAGAAUCGCUCAGACUAAUUGACCAUGACCAACUCUACAAAUUCUUCAAAGACUACAUACCCUAUAGGAGAUGUGGGUCUACCACACCUAGUCUAUCUGACCCACGAGGGAACACUGACCAGUAUCUGUACACAUCGCCCACCCCCACAGACUUACGAAGGUGACCAGACUUCCUCCCAGCGCUGCUGGGGCUGGCUUUAUUCUUGCUGCUGCUGCCAUUUUAAGACCAUGAAACUGUCCCAUGCCAAAGGCAUCUCAAAACGUCUCUCUGAGAUCGCACGAUGGAGUAAACUCUGGAAGAUUAUACAAGAUGAAGAGUGUGAGCAGUGCUCCGAUUUAAUUGACGCCGAAAACGAGAGUGACCUACGAGUCAAACGUUUCCUGAUGGACAGAUCCAUCCUCAAAGUCCACCUCCCAAAUGGGGGGUUCAACAUGGUGAAAUAUGGAGAUGCUACGGAUGUCAAGGACAUCAUCAAGCUAGUAGUAGGCAGAUUAGCUGCAGGAGAACGAUAUUAUUCCAAAUGUUAUGCCCUCAAACUGGUACACCUACAGUCCAAAGAGUCCUACUGGCUACACAAUAAUCUGUCCAUGUACCAGGUCAGGCAGAAGUACGAGUCCUCUCACCCACCUGAAGAAUGGAGGUAUGAGUUGAGGGUCAGAUAUUUACCAAAGAAUAUAGCGGACCUAUACACCAGAGAUAAAGUGACCUUUUUUUACUUAUAUGACCAAGUACGGAAUGAUUACAUGCGAGACAUAGCAGAAUCCAUAGAACCAGAUGUUGCUAUCCGAUUAGGCUGUAUAGAAAUGAGGAGAUUUUUUAAAGAUAUGCCACAAGUAGCCUUAGACAAGAAAUCCAAUUUUGAGUAUUUAGAGAAAGAGAUUGGUUUUAAAAGAUUUCUUCCAAAGUCAGUCACAGACUCCAUGAAGUCAAAGAACCUUAGGAAAUUAAUUCAGAACCAUUUUAAGCAGUAUGCCCAAUUGAAGGAGCAUGAGUGUGUUUACAAAUUUUUUGAGACUUUGGCGACGGUGAACAAGUUUGACCAAGAGAGAUUCCGAUGUAAUGUGGGAUCUACUACUUCUUGGGGCAUUUCCAUGGAGAUUGUGAUUGGACCAGAGGUUGGAAUAAGCUACCAGACUGAGAAAUCUUCAUCUCCUGUACAUAUGGCAGACUUUUCUCAAGUGAAGUCCAUACAGACCACCACACAGGAUGGAAGGGGGAUCCUCCAGAUUAAGAUUGCUGGGGCGGUGGACCCCCUCACUAUCACCUCCUCACCCUCAGAGGUGGAGGAUAUGGCAGACCUCAUUGAUGGCUAUUGUCGCCUUGUCCAUGACAUCAGUACUUCAUUAUGGACAAGGAAAGCUUCUAUGGAUUGGCAAUUAUCAGUGGAGGAAGCCCUCACACGCUUAGAAAAAGGGGAUAGCAUUCCACGAACCCCCAAGUCCAGCAUGAAGAAGUCGGGACAAAAAGACAUCAUCCACCAUGACAGGAUUUCAGAUUACGCUGAGAUCGUGGAGGAUGAGGGGGAUUACAGUACUCCAGCAGGCCCUCUGGGUAGCAGACGACGAAAGAAAACUCGUAAUUUUGAGUUGAAGCGGGAGGAUAUUAAGUUAUUGGAGGUGCUAGGAGAGGGCCAGUUCGGGGAUGUGUUCAAAGGACUUUACACAGACAAGGAUGGUCUGCAGUCUGCAGUAGCUGUGAAAACUUGUAAAGAGGAUAAUGAGGACUCCAUGAUGGAAAAAUUCCUUGAAGAAGCAUUGAUUAUGCAGCAGUUUGAUCACCCCCACAUUAUCCACCUGGUAGGAAUCUGUUCUGAGACACUUCCUGUUUGGAUCGUCAUGGAGCUAGCCAAACACGGAGAGAUGAGAGCCUACCUACAAAACAACCGUACAAGGCUAGACCUGUGUACCCUGAUGUUGUACUGUCAUCAGCUCAGCAAAGCCCUAUCUUACCUUGAGAGCAAAAAAUUUGUCCAUAGGGAUAUAGCAGCUAGAAAUGUUUUGGUGUCCUCUCAUGACUGUGUCAAACUGGGAGACUUUGGUUUGUCCCGAAUUGUAGAUGAACAAAGUUAUUAUAAAGCUUCAAAAGGGAAGCUCCCUAUUAAAUGGAUGGCCCCCGAGUCUAUAAAUUUUAGAAGAUUCACAACAGCUAGUGAUGUCUGGAUGUUUGGAGUGUGCAUGUGGGAGAUUCUGAUGUAUGGCAUUAAACCAUUCCAAGGAGUAAAAAACAAUGAUGUGAUUGGGAAAAUAGAGAAUGGGGAGCGACUCCCCCUCCCAAUUGAUUGUCCACCCUCCCUGUACAACCUCAUGUGCCAGUGCUGGUCGUAUGAAUCCUCUAAGAGACCAUCAUUUUCUGAUGUCAAAGUACGCCUGCGAGAAAUUUUAGAUGAAGAAAGAAAUCGCCAGGUUGAGGAGAUGAAAAGAGAUAACAGAAGGAUACAGGAGAUCAAUUGGACAGGAUCCAGUGGAUCAGAUAUUGAGGAACCUCCUCCGAAACCAGCCCGCCCCAAUUUCAUGACACCAGCUGGAUCCACCCCAAAUCUAUCCAGCAACCAUAGUGUAGAAUCUCUUCCUCCUUCCUGGGGAAGCACCACGCACCUUCCCAUUAGUCACAGUACACCACUGGGACCCAGUCCACAGCAACCCCCAGCCCCUACCCACACAGGUCCUCCAAUCAUGUCAAUGAUCCCAGGUCACCAGGGGCCUCGAGAAAUCAACCUGCAGAAUUACUUCCCCUCAUCUUCUGGUUACACCUCAGUGCAACAGCAUCACCACCUUCAUCAGAAUUCUGAAUCUGUGCCAGACAUGGGAAGAGGAGGGGCAGGCUACCCAGGUUACCAUGUGCCUCGAAAUCCUCAUGAACUGUCAGAAAUGUUGUCAACGGGUCAGAGAAAUGCCUCUCCGACCCCCAUUAAUUCCACUGUGAUAACUGAAAUUUUACCUCAGAAUCCUCACCAGGAGUCGUCCUCUGAUAAUGAGUGGGUGCCACAAGUGCCGGUGAGGCUUCUGAACGAUUCGGAAGAUGCAACUGUGAUAGAACAGCAGUUGAUCCUCCAACAGAAGCAGUCUGAGGAGGAUGCCAAGUGGCUGCAAGACUCAGAAAAACACCUAAGAAGAGAUAAAGGGCCAGGUGCAAUCAAACAGGAAGGGCGAGUUUCCAAUAAUCGCUCCCCAGCAAAUACUCUUCCCCUCCAGAAAGAAAAUCCUCCCAUUCCUCCUCAUCCAGAUGCCAUCAACAGAAUGACAAGUCGCACAUCAAGUGGUAGCAGAAGUAGUAGUACAAGUGGGUCAGAUGGUGUGUCAUCACCAUGGCAACCAGAGCCUCCUGAGUUGGACAGGACUAAUGACAAUGUAUACAAUAGUACUACUAAUGUUGUGCGGUCUGUAAUGACCUUGACAAAGGAAGCCAGUGGAGUAAAAGCCGAGGAAUAUACAGACCUUGUCAAAGACAUUGGAGUGAAGCUGCGUACUCUUUUAGGAGCAGUGGAUGAGUUCAUCCCUACUCUUCCUGCCUCAUUUGUCCAUGAUGUACAAAUGGCGCAAAAUGUUUUAUCAACUGACAUGGCAUCACUUAUUGCUGCCAUGAAGCUAGCGAUCCAGUACAGCACGACAACCAUGGAUGUCGAGUACAGAAAGGGCAUGCUGAAGGCAGCUCAUGUCUUAGCAAUGGAUUCCAAGAACUUGCUUGAUGUUGUAGACAAAACUAGAGUGAAAGUGAAAUCAUUAAGUGGCCCCAGCUGAUAAUUAGCUUGUGUCUGAAUCUGUGUGCAUAAUACAGGUUGUACAAAUUCCUGGAACACUGCAUCAUCCUCACAC